AUCGCAUGUUUUAGAAAAUCGGUUUGGUGUGGGAAUUCGAAACUUGGCAGAAGGGUAGGUCAGCAAUAGUGGAAAACAUUGUCCUUGAUGUUUAAUGGCAGAAAUUAGCAGUAAAAAUGAUCAGUCCAUUCGAGUGCGCUUAAUAUUGAUAUAAACAGAUGACCUCGACUCGGUUACCCCGGCACAAUGUAAGUCAAUUAUUUUUCGGUUUUAAGAAAAAGGAAACCAAAGACUUCCCUCAACACUAUGUAUCUAUAAUAAUUACACCAGGAAUAUAUAUUGUUUUAACACUUGAAGGUUGUACCAUCUUGUUGAAGCAAAGGAUAUUUCUCUGUAAUACCUAUAAGCUUACAUUAAGUUUUCAUAAAUAGCAAAAAAAAUUAAUAAGAUUUACAUACAGCUCCAAACAUGUACAUCUGUUAUGCAUGAGGCAAUUUCAUAUCAUUCCACAUCAAUAGUUAGUGCGAAUGGAGGCAAAGAUGUACAGUGAAACUUGCAUAAUUUAAGCGGACACCUCAGAGAAUGCUGUAGUCCCCACUUAAUACAAAGUUUCUUCCUACGACAUACAGGUAGAAAAUGUCAUAUGAGGCAGACCAGCCAACUCUCACAAUUCUGCCGUGAGUCUCACGAUUUUUUAACUUUACUCACAGUCUCACGACAAGACUCCCAAUCUCAUGGUUUUCUGGGAAAUAUUCUAAAUUGAAAUAUUACCUUGUUGAAUAAAAACAUAAAUUUUGUGGGGAAAUUCUUGUGCCUGGAUAAGCUUUGACUAUUUUAGCCAUGAAGUUGUCUUAGCCCAAAGAAAUGACUCUGCUGUAUGUUUCGUCACAAUGAUAACCUAUUUUUUGGCAUCUUAAAGUCAUCAAAGAAAAAGCGGCAUCUAAUUUGUUACAUAAGGGACCACACUAAGCAAGGUUAUAUUAAAAUAAACAGUUGAUUCCCCUAAUGGAAAAGGGGUCGUUUACUUUUGAUCGGGAAAAAAUAGAAUCUCACUACUUUUUGUAGAAUCUCCUGAUUUUUUUUCAUGAGUCUACAGAUUUUCCUUUAUCAGGGGUUGGCAGGUCUGUAUGAGGAGCUGAGUACCAUUCAAAUAAAAGGUGGAAACAUUUGGAAUACUCCCAGAGAUAUGAUGAUAUACAUUUACAUUAAUAUCUUUAUUUGUGCGGAGCAAAUUGUACCUCAAAUUUUAAGAUAUCAAAUGAAUAAAACAAGCAAAUGAAAUGAGAAAGUACUGUAACUCAUUUAUAUAAUUUACAGAAGUCCCCUGGUGACACUAGCCGAGUGCUGAUAGGGCAAGACCCCCAAUAUCAUGGUUUUCUGGGAAAGCAAAAGGCAUCUUAAAAUAACAAAAGGCACAUAGGGCUCAGCCGAAUGGUACCAUAAUGACGUCAAAACGUAUGGAAACAGGCCUUUUCUCCAAAACCCGCCCUAUUACCCUGUGGCUAUUUUUAUUUGCGUUUACCCUACCUCACCUCCCCUCCCUGUACCUGAUGAAACAAGGCUUUCAACAGUCUGUUGAGAUAGGAUGCUUUUUGUUUUAAAGGAUGAGCUCAUCAUAUUUUAUUAUCGUAGAGACAGGGGUAAGAUAAGUUAACAAUAAUAGACAGAUUAUUAUAGGUGGGUUACUCAUUUUUACAGCUAUCCCUAGAAGAAGAAAUAGAAGUAAAGAGCUGACUGGCAGCCACUGAGAUUGAGGAGAGGAGAAAGGAAAUUGAAAGAGAAGAGAAAGAGUUGAAAGGAAAAGAAGAAAGGUUAAGACAAAAAGCAAAAGAAAUUAAAACACAGUAAUAGAGGCCAAGCGGGUAGCUGCCCAACUGCAACUAAUGGCAGGGCAGCUAGACUGCUUGGCUAACCAAAUUCUAGAAGAGACCAACAAGUUAAAGAAGAAGUAAAAGAAAAACACCAGUGUAAGAAAAUUUUAUUGAUAACAAACCGUUCUUUUAAUCAAAGUCAAUGUGCAAAGCUUUUAAAUGUAUCAAGUCUAAGUCAGACCUGUUAUGCAAGAAAGAAAACACAUUUGUUCAGUGUAUAAAAAAUAAAAGGAAACUGGUUCUUCUAAUUUCUCGUAUCCUGUAGGGUCUCUUCUCGCUCCAUGGAAUCCACUCCAUCUAACAUCCUCCACUUCCCGCACCGCACUACUCUCUUGGAGGAAUCUAUUAUACUAGAUCUUUACCGACAUCCAGUAAGCAGCACCUCGUCCAUCAUACACUGCAUGUUUUUUCUCAUCAUCUACAGAGUAUUCCCAACCAAGGAAGCACCUAAUUAUAAAAUCAGUAAGAUAAAAAGAGAUUAUUAUAUAUACAAAAGUGAAAACAAAUAAAUCAAUAAAGGCAAUAUUAUCUCCAUAGCAAUGGCAAGGCUAUGUGAAAUAUAUUAGCAGAGGCAGUACAAAAGCAAAUUUUAAAGAGGGGCUUUAGAGCUAUUAUAAUGGAACACCUAUAGUCAUGGAAUGAUUGUCUUUACUAAGUUACGCCUACCAAGAAAUUACCACAAAGCUACAUCAGCUGGGUGAUAAAACUGUACAAGCUGGGUGAUAAAACUGUACGAGCAGGCCCCGAAUUGUUGGAACUGGACAGUGUCACUUGAUGUAACUGACAAUAGCAUGGAGUCCAAGUAAGUUAAAAAGCAUCAAUAAUUGAAAAUUAAACUGAUGCCCCUGCACUGCCACUCCCAGUAGAUCCCCUGCCUUGACAUUACCUAAUAAACAUACAUUGAUACUCGUGUCAUUUUCUAAACUCGUGUAGUUAUUGACUUAUAUUGUCGUUCUUGAACUUUCAUGUCUUUAUUGAACUAAACAAAAAGGAAAACCGAAAAAAAUGUAACAUAAAAAAGUCUCUUUUUAUAUUGUAAAAAUGUGAGAAGGGUGAUGAUAUUCAUCGCAUGAAAAUCCUGCAAUUUUUUAUAUCCUUAGAAAUUUUUUCUCCUCAUUUUUAAGAUGCGGACGCCCGAGGAAACACAUUUUCAAUAUUACACCAUUGAAACGCUUACUAGUGUCCGUUUUCUUGGCUUUUUCUAG